AUGGCUACCCCAAGUGUCCUUACUUUUGAUGCUGAGGGCCGUGCCGUUGACUUUGAGGUCUGGGUCGAUGACCUCCAACUGUUUCUCCAGUGCGAUAGGGCAGACGGACUCUCUCUUUUCGAUCUCACCUCUGGUGCCUCUCCUGCCCCGCCUGCUACUGCUGACAGCACUGUUCGCUCACAGUGGGCCACACGCGAUGCUGCUGCUCACCUCGCUAUCUUGUACGACGCUGUAGUUGCGCGCUACUCUUCCCUUGCCACUGCUGCACUGAGCCGCCUCAUGCUACCGUACCUCUUCCCUGACCUUGCUGCCUUUCCCACAGUCGUUGACCUCAUUACGCACCUGCGCACUAGUGACACUCGGUACCGCGCUGCGCUUCCUGCUGAGUUCUGCGCCAAGAACCCCCCCCCCCCCCCCAUGUUCAUCACCCUCUACUACAUAGUCACCCGGCUCCCUGAAUCUCUCCGCGUAGUCAGGGACCACUUCCUCUCUGUUUGCCCCACCACUCUCACCGUUGACCUCCUCGAGAAAGCCCUCCUAGCAGCAGAGAAGAGCAUAGUCGCUGUAGGAGCCUCUCGUGGUGACCCUCGCACCCCCGUCUUUGAGGGGUGUUCCCCCUCCCCCCUCUUGCCCUCUGUUGCCUCUGCUGCUGCGGCCGACCUCGUUGGUUUCGAGUCGGUCGGCGCUGCGUCAGCCCCGAGCGGGAGACGCCGCACCGGCAAGGGCAAGGGGAGCAAGGGCGCUUAA